AUGUAUGUAUCUAUCGUUCUACCCCUGCUACACAUUGAACAUUUUUCUGAGCACGCACUGGACUUUCUUCUACACACACUCUAUUCCUUUACUGUUACCACGCACUUAGCUUUUUUGUGUGUAUCGUUUUACCCCUGCCACACAUUGAACAUUCUUCUGCGCACGCUCCGACUUAUCACUCCACUCAUCAACGUACUGAUAACUCGACCAAGGCCUCCCUGA